AUGAGUGCGUGGCCUGAAGUAACGACUGCAAAGUCGGAAAAUCGUCAUGAAAUCAAAUUGGCGGGUGCGGCUAUUUCGAAACGUAUAACAGAAGGUGGUUUAGACAAAGGAAUAUUUCAAUUAACUAAUAUUAAUCUUUUAAAUAUUAGCGAUACUUGUCUAACAGCCAUUCCAGACGAUAUAAGUCAAUUGGUGAACCUGCAAUCCUUGUUGUUAUACGGCAACAAGAUAACAGACUUCAAUGAAAACAUAACCUCACUAAAGAAAUUAAAAGUACUUGAUCUAUCAAGGAACUUGCUCAAGAAUAUACCUGGAACUAUAAAUGAGAUGAAAGAAUUAACUAACAUCAAUCUGAGUUCCAAUGAGAUUGAGGAGAUGCCGAAAUUCACGGAUUUUCCGAAUUUGCUAACAAUUGACAUGUCAAAUAAUAAACUUACUAGUUUCUUGGACUUGGAGAACGCUGUUAUGCCUCAUUUAACUGACUUCAAAAUUAAAAGUAACGCUAUAGAAGUACUGCCCAGCUGCAUAACUCGUAGCUUACCUUCGUUGAAAAACUUCGACAUCAGUGAUAAUCGCCUGAAAUCAGUUCCUGGAGAAAUUGCAAACAUGGGGAAAUUGAAAGAAAUAAACCUUAAGGGCAACAAAUUCACUGACAAAAGGUUCAUGAAAUUAGUCGACCAGUGCCGGACCAAACAAGUUAUGGACUACAUCCGCGACCAUUGCCCCAAGACCGACCAGGCCCAGCCAACAGGCAAAAGCAAGGGAAAGAAAGGAAAGAGAGAAGAACCGGCUCCAGAAGAUCAAGAAUGUGAUCUUUGCCAUUCAAUGAAGAUUCUCCAUGUAGAGGAUGAUAUCUUACGAGUUAAAAUCGUCGAGUCCCAAGUUGCUGGUGUCCGACCUUUUAUUCUCUGUUGCAUCGUGAACGACUUGAGCUUUGACGAGACAUCGUUUAAAAAGUUUAUUCAGAUGCAGACAAAGCUUCAUGAUACCAUCUGUGAUAAGAGGAACAUUGCCACCAUCGCCACACACGAUCUGGAAAAGAUUGCUCCAGGUGACCUAGUAUACACAGCGAAGGCUCCAUCAGCUCUGAAACUGACGCCACUAUCAAGGGUGAAGCCCUACUCUGGAGAGCAGCUGUUCCAGCAGCUGACAGCUGAAGCAGAGGCUCUCAGGAAGGAAAAGAAGAGGAAUGUUUACUCUGGAAUACACAAAUAUCUGUACUUAUUGGAAGGCAAGCCCCUAUAUCCAUGCUUGGAAGACGCCAGUGGAAAGGUCAUCAGUUUCCCACCCAUCACCAACUCUGAGGAUACUAAGAUGUCACAAAACAGCAAGUCGAUGUUGGUUGAAGUGACGUCACACACAUCGCUCGGCGCCUGCAAGACUGUGAUGAACAAGCUGCUGCAGGAGUGCCUGUUAUUGGGCAUCGGACCUGAACUGGAACCAGGCUCUAUUUACCACACCCUGAUUGUGCAGCAAGUAAAGGUAGUAGAUCCAGAAGGAAACCUUAAGAACGUGUAUCCGUCACGAACUGACUGCGUCUAUGAAGCCACUAACAUUAAGGUUGUACGUAGCAACAAGAAGUAA